AUGAGUAGUGAUCAAAGUGAUUAUAUUCAGAAAGGUAUUCAAAAUGCUGAGCAAGCAACAGCAGAUGAUAAAGCACACAAUUAUGAAGCUGCUGUACAACAUUAUAUGACAGCAGCUCAUUGGCUCAUGCAAGCAAUAAAAUAUGGAGGAAUGAAUGCACAAUUAAAACAAACAAUAAGACCUAAAAUAGAGAGUUAUGUAAAACGAGCAGAAGAAAUCAAUUUGAUUCUGAAGAAAAAGCCAAUUGCCGAUGGUUGCAAUGAUCAUGAAAAUGCAAAGAAUAAUAAAAAUAGUAGUGAUAGUGGUGAUUCAGAUUAUAAACAACUUAAACAAAAAUUUGAAGGCGCUAUCGUCGCAGAUCCAAAAGUAACAUUUAACGAUGUUAUUGGUUUAGAACAAGCAAAAGAAGCACUAAAAGAAGCUGUUAUUUGGCCUGUUAAAUUGAAAAAGUUUUU